AUGAACUGGGAGCUUGUCGUGCGGAAUCAGGGCCCUGUUUUCUCAAGACCGAUAUGGGGGAAAGAAAAAUUCUUCUAUGCUGCGGCGAGAAACCAACGCGGCCUAACAAAUUUUACGGUGCAAGCGACCGUCAAGGUAACUGACAACCGCUUAGCCGAUCCCAAGGAGUUCGAAGAUAGGCUCAGAUAUGCCUUAACAUCUACGGUGGGCAUGUAUCCCUUACUGCUGUCAAGUGCCGAGCCCGUCUCCAAUGGCGGGCAAAUCGCCUGCAAGAUUCCAAGUAGCUGGGACGAAGCCGAUGCCAUAAUUGCCGCGAGACUAAAGAGAUUCGAUAGCGUUUCUGAAUACAGCGUCGACGUAUUCUUGGAGACCGUUCUUACUCGAGAGGCCGCACGCCUGGCCGCUCCACACAUCUUCUACGCACCUUUAGACGGUGCGGGCGAGGCGCCUACCUACACUAUCGCAAUUGCGAGUCCGCAUUGUAUUAUGGACGCGCGCGGAGCCAUGAUGAUCCUGCAGAGCAUACUGAAGGUCAUGUCGGAGGGUGCGGACGAAGGUUCACGUCCUCGCUGGAAUCCAGGUACGGUGGACUAUCUGGACCUUCUUCCACCUCCUCUCGAACUUGUGAAGGAAGUGAGCGCCAUCAGUGACGAGAGUGUAGACCGCUGCCUCCGUAAAUGGCGCCAGGACACCAGCAAGAUGAAUCACAUAUUACCUCCGAAGACUAGGUCACCCAGUGGUGAAGGUGUCACUCGUCGGGUCCUUUACUCCUUCUCUCAAGAGGAAAGCGCCAGGUUAUUCCGGAAGCAUAAGUCCCUUGGGGUAACGAAUAACACGGUUUUACAAGCCUCACUCUGGCUCGCUACUGUCAUGUUGGCACCGCCCAGAGAUGAGGAUUAUUCAUCGUCCCAUUGUGUCUCGUUGCUCGCCGUGGAUUCGAGGGACCUACUGAGUGCUAAAUGGAGCAAUACUUACAGCGGUCUUUGUCUAUGCGAUGCUUCCGUCAGUUGUCCUCUAGAAAUGGCCGCUGGCUCGGACCGGAACUCUGCAUUGCUUCAGAUGAUGAGGAAAAUCACAGCGGACAUGAAGUUCUGGAGGGAUAGUGGUGCUCUCGUUGACGUUGUCAAUACUACUGCUGAAGGCGCUGCGACUUGGUCAGGGGUAGCGGCACAGAAGGGCAUUGGCCUCUGCAACGCUUUCACCUCCAACUUGGGUAUAGUUGACUCGGUCAUCUCGCGAUUCCACGGAAGCGCUCUCGAAGUGCUGGACGUGAGUGCUUCCGGCCGUAUAACCGAGCCACAAUACUUCACUCGUGCUUGGACGUUCAAUGGCAAGUACAACAUACAGGUCAAUUACAAUGAUCACUACUACGACCGAACCACGAUCGAUGCGUUUCUGAGAACCGUCGUAGAAGUGCUUCGAUCUACGCUCGACCUAUAA